AUGCUACCAAACCCGCGUGCACUCCGCCGGGAGAAUCAUCAGACUUGGCGCGAGAUCGCGAUUGGCCAGCUCUCACGCUAUUGCACGGGAUGUCAGAGGCCGUGCGAUCCACCCAUUUUCGCCAGACUUGAUUCGCGCCUGCCUCACGGCUUCGUCGGAGGGUUUUGCCGCGAAUGCUUCAAGUCCGCGACAGCUGCAACACGACUCACUAGGCACCCAGCCAAGCACACGCGCAUUUACUGGCAUGCUCGCGAAGAGCGCUACGGACGCUACUACACGGCCAGUGAACGACGCAAUGACGCUUUCCAGAGACAUGUAGAUCUUUUCCGCGUCGCGCCCGGUCAGCCUGUCUCAAGGCUCGCUCAGCUCAGAUCCCCCUGCAGACUUUGCGCUGAUCAGCGUCUAGUAGUUCUGCAGCGUCGCUGGAUCGAGUUUCAGUCGUGGAUCCUAGGGAACUCGUGGACACACCUUCGCGCGGCGCGUCGGUUGCGAAGGCAGCAAGACGAGGACGAAUGGUCCCAUUUGAGGGUCAUCGCAUCCGAUCGCCCGAAUCUGUGGCAAAAGUAUGCAGAGGCCGAUGAGCAGCGCCCUCAUCUGAACGUUAAGAAGCUCGGUGUCGCCCUGACCAAAGCCGAGAUGAAAGUACUCUCCCGCACCUUUGGUCGACCAUCACUGCAGAAGGGCGACCCUGACUACACGUACGAUUUGACAGAUAUCAUC